AUUCGGAUGGGAGACCACAGAUGGGAGACCAGCAUGGGGCUAGCAGACUAAACCACUACCAUUUAAAUUGCACAGGAACACAUAAACAAGGUUGGGGAAUUUAAGUAACAUUUGCAUUCAGUCUGUUGCAUCAUAUUAUCAUGUAAAAUCUCUGUAUGGCACUUACACUGCAUCUGUAUCCUGACAAAUAUUAGUAAAUGAAUAAUGCUUCAAUUAGUUAUAGUUAGGCUAACUAUAGAGCAAAUGUUAAUGUUGACUGCUUUAAUCCCUAUUUAAGUUAGACAGAGCAGCUUGAUCCUGAAUUUGUCAUUCCUUUCCUAAUCUCAUGGAAACUUAAAGGACUACUCAUAUAACCUCCAUUUCUGUCAAGAAAGAGUACUCAGUUAAUUUGCUUUAGUUGUUUGAAACAUCAAAACAUGUGCAGUAGGUUAGGAAAACCUAGUCUAGGCCAUCGAUUAUUAAAAAAAUAUAAUAUUAUUUUAUUACAUUGUUUUUUUAAGCAAUUUCUCAAUGCAUUCAUCUUGGUUAACCUCUUGUCAUUGUUUUCUAAUGUAUAACACACGAACUAUUUCAGUGCUAAGUAGGUGAAAUGGAGUAGCCAAUGAGAGAAUCGUACCCUGUCUGGGAAUAGCAGAACUAUACUUGGCUCAUGCGGUCUAAAAAUUGUACCUUCUGAAGUGAUAAUGUGGACGCAGGCGUUUGUUUCUAUUGGUGCUUUAGACUGUCAUUCGUCUUCUGUAGCCCUGAGGUUGGCUAAUUGCACAGACACUAGGAUAAUCCCGGUUAACAGAAGCUGAUGUCAGAUUGGUUUGGCUUACCACAAAUCCCCUCUAGUUGAGGUAGGCAAUGCGCGACAGGCUUGCAGUCAUUACUGCAGAAGAAGUGGAGGGAGUGUCUGACUGCUCUGGAAUUUCCUUUCUGUUGGGCUGUCAUUUUACCUGCUAACCUGCAUGUUGUAUACUAACCAAAUGGAGCUGCACUUGAUUUGAUACGCUCAAGCUCUAUUGCGACGUCUCCGCGCGCGCAGGGCCGUAUCUUAACGUUUUUGUCGCUUGCGAAAUGGGGACCGUGCUAUCUGUAUCCCCUAUAGUAACUAAAGGGACCAUUCUGGAAGAUGAAGGAGACGAAGCCAAUGGAAAAAUCGAGAAAAGCCUUAAAAAGCAGUCAAUGGUCGUGUCCAUGCUCACAUUUAAGCGGCUAGUGACUUCAUCGGGUAAGAAAAAAAGUGCCAAGAAAGUAAAUCCGAAUCCUCCUCCGCUGCCGGAGAGCAGCGACGACCAGGUCGAGCAUUUGAACCAGGAGAACUUCAGGAAAUCGCAACAAUCGACCAACACCGAGCGGAAAACAAAAAAUGGACCUCUUGCGGUGCCCAUUCCCACGGUUCCACUUCAUCUGGCUCAGGAUAAGGACCAGCUCACUUCAGCGAAGCAACUGGUGUCGGUUCAGAAGCAGCCCAGCAGCCGGUCUCUCCUCUCGCCAAGGCGCGUGAUCGUCCAGGCCUCCACGGGGGAGCUGCUCCGAUGCCUAGGUGAAUUCGUGUGCAAACGGUGCUGCAAAGUCAAGGAAAUAACCUCAAGUGAGGUCAUCCUUUGGUUCCGCAACGUGGACAGGACUCUGCUGCUGCAGGGCUGGCAGGACCACGGGUUCAUCACGCCUGCUAACCUCGUGUUCGUCUAUCUGCUCGUUAGGGAAACUGUAACCACUGAUGUUGACAAUCCACGUGAGCUCCACGGGACCUUUCUGACCUGCCUCUAUCUGGCGUAUUCCUACAUCGGAAACGAGAUCUCGUACCCUCUCAAGCCCUUCAUGGUCGACACAAACGCGGACGUGUUCUGGGAACGUUCGUUAGAUGUCAUCGAUAAACUGAGCGGUAAAAUGCUGCAGAUUAACAUGGAUCCGCACUUUUUCACAGAGGUUUUCCAAGACUUAAAAAACGAAGGAGAUAGGAAGGAUGGAAGCGAACUGGACCGCUAAAUGUGAUCAAAAUCUGAGCAGAUAUCAAUUACCACUGAUUUACUGGAUGUAAUUUGCUCUGCUUGAGUGACUGUUGCGUUGCACCACGAGACGAUUUAUCAAUAUUUAUGUCAGUGUUUUGCUGGCUUUGUUUUAACAACAGUAUUAAAUAGCCCCGGUGUAGUGAUUUAUACUAGCCAACAUGGCUUCACCUGUGCUAAAUGCAUGAUGCAUAGAUGCAUAGAUUUGUAUCUGUUGAUGUGAUUCACAUUCUUACAUAAAAAGGGAAAGUGCAAACGUUUAUUGUAUAUAAUUGUCAGUCUCAGCUGUCAUCACUGUGUUAUCUAGGUCACUAUCCUCCUGAGACCCAAAGAAAAGUUUUAUUUUUUAGGCUAUGCAAUGCAUUAUUACAUAAAUGUUUGGUGUAUAACAAACAUAAUAUUCAUAUUUUUAGCUCUACAAUUGAUGUUAUUAUUGGCCACAUCAUUAAAGAUUGGACGUUGCUACAGUAUAUAUAUUACAGUGGACAAGACUGGCUGGGUCUCAGGAGGAUAAAGCUUCAUUUGAAGAGAUGUGAAUGGAACUAUCCAAGGUGCUGACCUGAAUUAUAUGUGCUCAUGUUGCUGUAUAUAUUGACUGACGCCUGUCUCCAGCCAUUCUGGAUGUGAAACUUGAAAGUGUUUUCUCUUCACUGAGAUGUUCUAUGUGCCAAUCCAAGUGUGAUCAUAGGAAAAUGCGUUUUUUAUUCACAAUGGUUUGAGGAAAAAUGGGCAGAUCUUGCUUUGAGAUUAUUUUAUAUUUUGACAUGAUCUUGCUUGAAUGAAAUAAAACCCAGUCUGACUGGUUUUGUUGAUCAAUAAUGCAUGCAUCGAGCUUAUUAAUGCACUGACCACGUGCCAUUUGACUAAAUAUUCAAAGCUAUCUCACGACCAAUUCGUACGUAUUUUACGAGGUGGCUAAUUUGUACGACCUCACUCGUACGAAUUCCCCUAGUGAUGGGCAGGUUUAGGAGCGGUGUUAGGGGUAGGUCAUUACUAAUUCAUAUGAAUUGAGCAACUCGUCAGGUACGCUUUAACAAAAACCCAUCUCGUAAAAUACGUAUUGCCAUAUAUAAGCUCAUAUAGCUUCCAUUUAAGCUUUGUCUCUAACUUUGGGACAAGGCAUCUCUCCACCAUCUCUAAAACUCGAAAACUCUUAAAUUUGUAAUUACUUUAUUUUUCUAAGUAGCGCCUAUGCUUAACGUGUUGGUUAUUUUAGCAUUUUUAAUCUUUUCCCUUUUGAUUCCUAAUGAUAGUUUUAGAAAAAUGAAAGGGGAGGGGGGUUUGUAUUAAUUAUUAGUCUACAAUUAAUUUACAGAUGGAUAUAAAUCGUGUUUAUGUCUUCACUCCAGGCUAUGUCUUUAUUUUCUGUGGGACUUUU